GAAAGACUUAAAAGAAAAAAGUAUGAUGAAGCCAACCAAUGUUAGAAAGCACAACCAUUCGCUUCUCAUCCAGUCCCAUAUCAUAUAUAUACACACACAGAGAACACUGAAAGCAGAAAAGAAAACACAUUCCAACUCGAAAGAAAAAUAUAUAACCAGCAUGCUGUUCUUCAUCAAGCUCUCAUCUGCAGCUUGGCUGCUACUGAUUCUAUCCCUUCUCAGCGCAAACGUUCUGAAAGGCGACUGUGCUGCUGCCACCACGGCUGAAACUAGCCGCCCUUGGGGAUGGGCUGUCGCCGGCAACCGCACCACCACUACUACGGAGGAGUACGUUAUUGGCCACGAUGACGAGGAAGUUAUUGAGGAUUCCGGAUUCGAAAGUCUCAUUAUGACUUUUAUGUACCCUGGUAAUCCUUUAAAAAGACCUACAGCAUUCAAUGGACAAUGCAAUAGUAGAGGGUAUGGUAACUGCAUAAACCCUGCUUGCGGUCCUAAGUUUCCCGGUCGAUGUAGUAACAAUAAGCCAAGACAGGUUGACAAGAAUUAGAAGAGAUCGAUCGUGAUCGUUGCUUUCUUUAAUCUUCCUUCACAUUUGAGGUGCUCACCGUCGAUGUUUUAUUAUUAUCAUGUCAGUAUUAAGGUGCCAGUUACCAUGUAAUAAUAAUCCUAUUUUAUUUUUUUAAUUUUUUCCGUCUUAUCUUACUGUGUCCUAUCUACUCCAUCCGUCCCAUAAUUAUUGUCCACUUUGCCCAAAAAAUUUUGUCCCAAAAUUAUUGUCCAAUUUGACUUUUUAUGG